UCGACAGCGGACAAUGCAGCCGGCGGUCGUAAUUGCCACAGUGGCAGCUCUGCUUGCAGGAAACGGGACCUACUCGGUGCUGGAGUGCGUCUGCAGGCACAUGGACAAACGCCCGGCGUUCAGUACCGGUGAAUUUGUGCUACGGUGGCAGUACUGUCACCGUACCGAUUUGUCACCGGGGUUCGUAACGUGCGACAUCCUGGACCAGACGCCCCCCGCGGUCCCAGCUGCGCUGCGCCUGCUAGACCGCCUCAGGGACUCCGGACUGUCGCCGCCGCCAGCAGGUGGAGCGGAGGAGGGAGGGGGAUGCGCCGGCGUCCUGGCGCAGUUCCACCGCCUCACGUGGGACGAAUCCUUCGAAGUCGUCGAGGAGCUCGACUGCCGGAUCGCUGGCGACUGUAUCGACUCCCACUGUGUACCGAG